AUGCGACCUACAAACAGGCGGAGGUGCAUGGGCAGGGGGGAUCGCGUGGGCAGGCGAAAGCACCUGGCUCACCUCCGCCUCGCUUACCUCCGCCUCUCUCACGCUCCGCCUCGCUCACCUCCGCCUCUCUCACGCUCCGCCUCUCUCAUCCUCCGCCUCUCUCACCCUCCGCCUCUCUCACCCUCCGCUUCUCUCACCCUCCGCCUCGCUCACCCUCCGCCUCUCUCACCCUCCGCUUCUCUCACCUUCCGCUUCUCUCAUCCGCCGCCUCUCUCAUCCUCCGCCUCUCUCACCCUCCGCCUCUCUCACGCUCCGCCUCUCUCACCCUCCGCCUCUCUCACCUCCGCCGCCUCUCUCAUCCUCCGCCUCUCUCAUCCUCCGCCUCUCUCACCUCCGCCUCUCUCACCUUCGCCGCCCAACGUAAUUCCUCCGCCUCUCUCACCCUCCGCCUCUCUCACCCUCCGCCUCUCUCACCCUCCGCUUCUCUCACCCUCCGCUUCUCUCACCCUCCGCCUCUCUCAUCCUCCGCCUCUCUCAUCCUCCGCCUCUCUCACCCUCCGCCUCUCUCACCCUCCACCUCUCUCAUCCUCCGCCUCUCUCAUCCUCCGCCUCUCUCACCCUCCACCUCUCUCAUCCUCCGCCUCUCUCAUCCUCCGCCUCUCUCACCCUCCACCUCUCUCAUCCUCCGCCUCUCUCAUCCUCCGCCUCUCUCACGCUCUGCCUCUCUCAUCCUCCGCCUCUCUCAUCCGCCGCCUCUCUCAUCCUCCGCCUCUCUCACCCUCCGCCUCUCUCAUCCUCCGCCUCUCUCACCCUCCGCCUCUCUCACCCUCCGCUUCUCUCACCUCCGCCUCGACAGGUGCCUUUCCCCGCUCUCUCCCAUCUUACAACCACUCUUCAUCUUCCCCCCCCUUCCGCCCUUCCUCUGUGUCCCCCUUGCUCAUUUUCUCCCUCCGUGCAUUCUUUGUUCCCUACCGCCGUUGCCCUUCCAUUGUCAUUGUUUUGUAUCCUUUCCCGCUGCUUCAACUUUGA